AUGGCUGAUGAAGGGCAUCAUCUUGGAUCUUCACUUCUUGUUGCCACAUCUUUGGGCAUGGUCAGUGGGUUUCCAUUAGACUACAUGCAUCUUGUCUGCUUGGGUGUCAUGAGGCGACUCUUGUACCUGUGGCUCAAGGGUCCACUGGCUUGUAGGCUCUCAGGUUUACAGGUGAAUAAUCUCUCUGAAAAGCUCUUGGAGAUCAGAAAAAGUGUGCCAGUGGAAUUUGCACGAAGGCCAAGAUCGUUGAAUGAAGUUGGUCGAUGGAAAGCCUCUGAAUUCCGCCAGUUCCUGCUUUAUACUGGUCCUGUGCUCCUUAAAGAUUUCCUGCAUACUGCACACUUUGGAAAGCUGUAUGGUGACAUGUACCUUUCCUACAAUGUGCACAACCUUGUGCACCUUGCACAAGAUGUCAAAGUGCAUGGGAACCUGGAUUCCUUCAGUGCCUUCAAAUUUGAAAAUUUCAUGCAAAAACUAAAGAGGCUUGUUAGGAAACCAGAAUCUCCCUGCUGCCAGGUUGUGAAGAGGCUUGCGGAGAGAGAGUCAGUACAAAUGCAAAGAGUAGAAAGUUCAGGUGUAAGGAGAGAACACACAUCUGGACCUCUACCACCAUGUUUUCAGUGUCCACAACAGUACACCCAAUAUAACACAGAGCUCUUCACCCUUAAACUUGACCAAGCCAACAGCCACGUCUACAUUCAGGGAAAGGUAGCAAAGAUCAGGAAUAUAAUUGUUGAGAAAGAGGAGGUACACCUGGUCUACUCCACAUUUGCCCAUCAAGAGUCCUUCUUUGAGUACCCCACAUCUUCCUCUACAUUUGGCAUACAUUUAGUAGAUGGCCUCUUGGACAUGACACAGCACUGCAUACUUUUCGAGGAGGAAAACAAAACUGGCCCGGUGGCAAAGGAGUGGUUUUUAGAUGGCCUUGCUUGGUGGCCCCCAUACAGGAACAAGUCCCAGAUUCUCCGAAGUGUCCAAAAAAAGGUUGUCCCCAAUCCAUCAAAGGGCUGGAGACAAUUUGCUGCACGUGUGCUCUACGAAUCAGAUUCAAUUAACAAAAUACAAGAAAAGUGGGAAAAAUCAUGUGUAACAUCAGACCUAAACACAGACAAAGAACACGAAGUUACAACUGUACGACAACGAAGGAAACCAAAACGUCUCAGGUCACCAUCACCCUCAUCAACAUCAUCACCUCCAUCAGAGGAAGAUGACCAUUUGGCAACUUUACAAGAAACUUGCCUGCCCAAAACACCAAAAAGGGUUAAUCGACUCCCUUCCAGAAACCUAACAGCCCCUCCUCCCUUACCAGUGGUCACAAGACCAAAGAGCACAGAUGCCAUCAGAGCUGUGAUUUCACAGGCCCGACCAGUGUCCUCCAACAGUGACCCUUGCCCUGUUCCAGCCUGGCAACCCAGCAAUAUGGACUGUUCUCAACGGAUGACAUCAAAUUUGAGGCAAGAUUUGGAGAUCAGACUAGAAACAGACUGUCAUCAAAGGCCAGCUUACACUGAACUAACAACAGUUAGUUGGAGACCAAACGAGGUGGAGGCACAUCAUCCAACUCCACGGCCUGAUGAUAGACUGGGCUUUCCUGAACAUCAAAGAUAUAGCCUUCGUGACACACAUCAACGAAUGCCAACUACCUGCACUGCAGUUGAAAGGAUCAUCCUGGAGCAGAUUGGGGAACUUCACAUCAAGGUGGACCAUUUGACAGCCAUUGUUCAAUCUCUCAGUCAAACCAGGGCUCAAGAACAACAACCUCAGAGCAAUGACUGUGACCAUUUAUUUCCCAUCUCCACACUUAGUGAAUUAAACUGCUUUGAUGAAAGGCUUCUUCGAGAUGGCGAUUUUAAGAAACAUGUGAUCGCAAAGCUGUCCACAACAGGGGGAAACUCUGUUAAAAAAACAGUGUGGCGGGUGUGCAGGAAGGUCUUUAGUCCUGAAAUUGCCACCCAACUAAAUUGGUGUGGGAGAGGACAGAAGACUGGCAUCAAGUCACGACCAGUGCAUGAAGUUCUACUCUUAUUUCUAACAAAGCUACCGACAAUGUUACAACCAAUGCUCUGUGACUGUGACAUGGUUUAA